GUUAAUAGAUUAAUGUUAAUGUAGUGUGGCUUAGGUAACAGGAAGUUUUGAUUUUCAGAAAAUCGUAUUAUGUAACACAUUUAAAUCUUUAAUCAUAGGUGAAAGAAAAAUACAGAUAACAAGAUAACAUACAAUGGCAACUAAACGCAAAAUAGACACGUUAGGCAGAGAUGACACAGAAGAACAAACUAGCAGUGAGGUCAAAACCAAAAGAGUAAAAGUUUCUUUAGAAAGUUCAUCAGGAUCAUUGACAACAGAAAACGUCGAGAAAAGCAAUCAAUCCUCAGAUAAAAAGGCAGAUCAAAACGAAAAACCUGUUAAUGAGAAGGAGGAGAAGGUUGCCAGAAAGGAUGACCAUGGUACUAUGAUUCCUAUUACCAUAAACAUUGGUAGGAACGAAACCAGCACUUACAAAUAUGUUGACACGAAGGAAAAGUUUAUUGAAGUCAUGAAAGAGCUCCAGGAAAAGAUAGAAAACAAGCAAAUGAUAGCUGUUGAUUGCGAAGGAGUAGAUUUGUCAAGAUUUGGAUCAGUAACACUGGUUAAUAUUGGCACUCGAGAUUUAGUCUAUCUAAUCGAUAUUUUGAAAAUAGGGAACAGCGUAUUCGAUGAUGGUCUCCGUUCUAUACUCGAGGACAGUGGAAUAGAAAAACUGAUGUUCGACUGCCGAGAAGAUGCCGAUGCUUUAUUACAUAUUCACAAAGUCAAACUUAAUGGAGUACUAGACGUUCAAAUACUAGAGGUGAACAAUCGAAUACAUGUAUACAGAAAUGGAUAUACUAAGAUCAGAAGUCUUAAGCAUUGCCUAGAGUUAUUUGUGACUGACAACACAUUAGUGAAUAUCAAGUUACAAGGACGGUCAAGUAUGAAUAUAUCGAGUAAUGUUUGGAAGAAAAGGCCACUGGACGAAAACAUGUUGAAAUAUGCAAGUGUUGAUAUUCUUGGUCUUUUCAAACUCUAUGACGCACUUCGUACUAGAAUGAGCCAUAGUGUCUGGAAAGCAGCAUCCAGUCGAUAUUGUGACACUACCCGUUCAAAAAACAGAACGUACCGUGAUGGCAGUGGAAUUUUACCAAAAGGCAUAAUAUUAUAAUGGCAUGUUCUCAUGUCAUGAUUUAUCUUUAUGAUUAUUUUACCACACAUUAAUAUUUACUAUUGCGAUGUAAAUCCUUGUUUUCAUUUCAAGAAAUAUAAUUCGAAUGCUACCUACGACAUAUGUUAACAAAACUAAUAUUACUAUAUCCAACAUCCCACUUUGUUUGUUUAAGUUAUCGCAAAAUAGUUAAGUUUCGGAUGUUAUGUGUCUUUGAUUGGCUGACUCUGUUUGGUCUAUCAGCUCGUAGACAAAAUGUUAUCAUGUGACCCUGACGUCAUCAACGGGUUUCAUGUUUUUUCGGCUUACGAUGGAUUUUAGAAUCAAAUUAUAAGGAAUGACUGUAAUAUUAUUUCUAUCUAUUCGAAAUAACAUAAAACAUGUUAUUGAGAGUUCACUACAUUUUCAAUAUUACUUUUUCACUGACAGAACAAAUGUUGCAUUUGUUGAAAAUCCCCAUUUACAUUAAGUUUACAUGUAGGAAGAAAAAUAUUAUUUCAAUACAUUAAUAUUUUGUUUGAACAAAGUUGAUGUAACUGGAUAUCAUUAUUGUCUAUUAUCUACAAAUGACAAUUUAAUUAUUUCUACCAGACACUUUUCUGUUACCGCUUCUAUUAAACAUAUUAUCAAGAAUGCA